GCAACAUCAAAAAUCGUCAAAGCAAAAGCUAAAUUGGAAGGUGGUUUUCGAAAAAAGAGCCAUUUUAGUCUAUAUUUUCAUACGUGCUCCUCGCAGUAAAUAAUAAACAAAGUAAAUCAGUCAAACUCAACAGGUUUGAGAAUCUAAAAUUUUUCAAGGACACCAACAAAAACAAACAAGAAACAAACAAAAAUGGGAGAAUGGAGCAAUAGUCUGUUCAGCUGCUUCAGCAACUUCAAAGUAUGUCUCAUGGGUAUGUUCAUCCCCUGCUACCUGGAGGGAAAGAUAGCUGAGUCAUUUGAGGAGUCCUGCAUCAUGCACGGAUGUGUGUGGAUGAUAAUUCCCAUUGCUAACUUUUACUGCCCGGCUAAGAUUCGAGGAAAGGUGCGUGAGAGCAAGGGAAUCGAGGGCGGUUUGUGCAUGGACAUUGUCAUGAUCUUGUUCUGUGGAGCAUGCUCCAUCUGCCAGGAGUACAAGGAAAUGGGUCUUGCUGAAGGACUCUCAAGAAGCUAGAUCUUCAGUAGUUGCAGAGAUCCUAAACGUGACAAAAUCCUAAAUAUAUAAAUUAAAUAAGCGUUGAAACUAAUAUAAAUAACGAUAACGGAUGAAUUUAUAAUGACAAAUUGUAAUUUAACAAUUCAAUCAGCUUUUAGUUUG